CGCCUCCUGAGCUAUGAAAAGGAGCCCUGCGUGGGGGUCCUGACACCCCGAGACGCCCGUGUCCCUCGCGCAGGCGGGCGGCCCCGGAGACAUAGUGCCCGCAAAGGCGGUGACCGCUGUGCGCCCACUCAUCAUGAACACAAGUUUUACCCGAAAGAGCCACACAUUCCUGCCCAAGGUCUUCUUCAGAAAAAUGUCAUCCUCAGGAGCGAAGGACAAGCCGGAGCUGCAGUUCCCCUUCCUUCAGGAUGAGGACACGGUGGCCACGCUGCACGAGUGCAAGACGCUGUUCAUCCUGCGUGGCCUGCCGGGCAGCGGCAAGACCACACUGGCCCGGCUCAUCGCGGAGAAGUACCACAACGGCACCAAGAUAGUGUCUGCCGACACCUACAAAAUCGUCCCCGGCUCUCGGGCAGACUUCUCCGAGGAGUACAAGAGGCUGGACGAGAGCCUGGCUGCCUACUGCCGCCGGGACGUCAGGGUUCUUGUGCUCGAUGACACCAACCAUGAGCGGGAGCGACUGGACCAGCUUUUUGAAAUGGCGGACCAGUACCAGUACCAGGUGCUGCUGGUGGAGCCCAAGACAGCGUGGCGACUAGACUGUGCCCAGCUCAAGGAGAAGAACCAAUGGCAGCUGACGGCCGAAGACCUGAAGAAGUUGAAACCCGGGCUGGAGAAGGACUUCCUGCCACUCUACUUUGGCUGGUUCCUGACCAGGAAGAGUUCUGAGACCCUCCGGAAGGCUGGCCAGGUCUUCCUGGAGGAGCUGGGGAAUCACAAGGCCUUCAAGAGGGAGCUUCGGCACUUUGUUUCUGAGGAUGAACCCAAGGAGAAGCUUGACCUAGUCAGCUACUUUGGGAAGAGACCCCCAGGCGUGCUGCACUGUACAACCAAAUUCUGCGACUACGGGAAGGCCACCGGGGCAGAAGAAUAUGCCCAGCAGGAUGUGGUGAAGAGAUCUUACAGCAAGGCCUUCAAACUGUCCAUCUCCGCCCUCUUUGUGACACCCAAGACGGCUGGGGCCCAGGUGGUGCUGAACGAGCAGGAGCUGUUGCUGUGGCCGAGUGACUUGGACAAGCCGUCGUCCUCCGAGAGCCUGCCCCCGGGGAGCCGAGCUCACAUCACCCUAGGUUGUGCAGCUGAUGUGCAGCCAGUGCAGACAGGCCUUGACCUCUUAGAGAUUUUGCAGCAGGUGAAGGGUGGCAGCCAAGGCGGGUGGGCAGAGGAAGACGCCAUUCAGGAACCUGGACCAGAGGUGACAAUAAAAGGCUGGGUCAUUGGGCCUGGAGCCACAUCUGCCCCAUGUCCAGGGACCAGUUAACCCUCCCUUAGGCCCUGCCCCAUGCCCAUCCAGAGCUGGGCACACCUCAGAGCUGCACACAUCAUGCUAGGGACAGUGUUACUGCCACAGGAAAACAGUGGUAGCUUUGACAGGAGUCUGAUCCUUGGUGCCAGUCUUAAUCACUAUAGCCCCUGGGAAAGCCUGGGCUAUUUACUGGGACGUGAAAGGGGUUUAAACCUCUGGCCUUUGGCCUUUCCUAAGUCCCUAUCCACCUCCUUCACACUGUAACUGUGUUAACAGUGUGAUCACUAGGGGAGAAAGUGGAAUCAUCAGAAGCCGCAUCUCUGGCUUCCCUCUGGCCACCUGCCCUUCACAGUUCCAUGUCUCUGCUCUGCGGACAGACUGAGGUCAGAGAGAUGGCCUGAGAAGCCAGCUCUGCUUUCUGCCCAGCCCAUCCUGCCUCCAUGGUGCCUCUGGGCCUCCUCUAAAGGAGGGUGGUGGGUACCAAGAGCCAAUGGAGGGGACCCUGAGCUGUCAAGCAUAAGCCCAGCUCACCGGGGGAGUCUGAACGUGCUCACGUGCUGUGGUCCCUGGAGCACCUCUGCCUUCUGCUCAGUAACAGGACCUUGCUAAUUGGGUUGUCACCCAAGUAUCUGGGAUUUAUGUGCCUACCCUGGUUUUGUCCACCUCAGCGACUGAUACUGAAAUAAAUCAUGUUAAUCCCA